GUUGUUCCUGAGUCAUCCUGCAUUUCACUAGCCUGUUCAGUAGAUUCAUCAGAGCAGCUGGACGAAAUUCUGACUUCUAAUUUACCAACGCCUCGAACCUCCGUGCUGCUAACUGGCCUUCACGCUUGUGGUGGACUAAGUGCUACUCUUCUGCGUACCUUCACUCGUUCUGCAAAUGCUGUGGGGCUUGUCAAUGUGGCCUGUUGUUACCAUUUACUACGUGAGGAUUGCGAAAAUGGUGAUAAUAAAGCUGGUUUGUCGAGCCUUAAAAAAGGCGUUCGUAUUUUUGUUAUAGUAGAAGCUAGUCAUUGUAGGUAA